GAGGAUAAGAGCACUUUAAUGAACUACAUAAAGUCAAGGAGUAAAGCGAAUUUAGUGCAAUACAUAAAUUUAUAAAUGUAUCAAUAGAGCAUUUUAGAGGACGGGGUAAAGAUUAAUUAAAUCACUUACAUUCAUCAGCUUUCUAAUUUUCAAACUUCAGGUCCUAAAUGGCAGCAACACGAUACCAUUUGGAACGCCUAGGAGUCAUUCAGCCCCUAUUAGGAUCAUGGUUACAGGUCUGGAAGCUUUUCACGUUCAUCUGCUUACUACCUUCUCAUACGCAGUGUCAUUUUCUUUAAUAAAGGCAGGAUUGCUUGGUUCACAUUGUCUAGGUGAGCUCGCCACUUUGCGUCAUUCCAUUCUGAAGAGGCCCGUUAAGCUAAACAACAGAAUGCUGCUUUAGUUUAUGACUUUGUGUUACUCACCUUCAAUCUUAACUAUAAAAAUGUAUGGUAGUGUAUUGCAGUUAGAGUGGUGUGUGCAAUAAAAUGAAUUACGAAUCACUUGACACCGAUCCAUCCAUGUGAUAUCGGCUUUCACUGGUCUGAAGAGGUACUUUAUUAGUUGAGUAGAAGAGUACUUUGAACUUCGCAAGUUAAAUGAUAAGCUGGACGAUUACGUUAUUCAAAUAAACACAGCAGGAUAGUUUCAAUAGAGUCUCUAAUUCUUAACUACCGUUGUCUACUAAGGAUGACUGGAAUAGUGUUAAAUGGCAUCUGUACAUGUCAUUUGUGGUAGAGCGCCCCAACAUUACACAAGAAAUAGCACCAAGUAUCUGGCUACAAAGUGAACACCCUAAGGCUUGCGUAUGGUUCAGUAAAAAAUGCUCUUCAAGGGGUAUCUCAUUGAGGUGGUGAAAGUCUAAGUCCAUCGUACUCUUUCUCGAACUCAGUUUGUCUGCGACAAUGAGGCAGCGGUAAUCCUUCCAUCAACCAGCAAAUUGUCUUGAUAACAAGUUUCACACAAGAUAGCCCUGCUUUGCCAACUAAAGUGUCUCAAAAACUACCCCAGAAGAACACAAAGGACCUAAGGUUCAACUGUGUGUGUGUGCGUAACGUCGAACGUGGCGUCCUGAAGAAAACGGGUGUUAUAGAAUUGGGUGGAAUAGGUAAUGAUGUUUCCACUCUAGUAUGACACUUUGAUAAAAGUCUCAUUGAAAGGACAAAGGGGGCGAAUGUGAAAGAGAAAAUGCUCCGAUAAAAAGGUACAAUACGAUGCCAAUCACCGCAUAGGCGCAUCAAGAAUGUAGAAUCAUCAAUAUUGAGUAGAAUAAAAACGAAUUAAGAUUCAUUUUAUGCUCGGCAGUGCUUAUUUUUCAUCAAAGGGCGUUGGGUAUUUUAAUUGACAACAAUAUUGGGAAAACAAUGCAUAAGAAUAUAUAUCCGUUUUCACAAAUUUCUUUCCUGUCCUCCAUCUUUCGAUGUUGUCCAGAAUUUUUAUCCAUUACAUGAAUUAAGCCGCUUGUUCAACAAAAAGGAUGGACACACAUUAGCAUUUCUAAAUGUGACUGUCACCCUCAAUGUUGCCACACCAAGCCAACUCGGAGGUGCGCACUAUAUGUUGAAGCACCGCUGGAAUGCCUAUACGAAUCAACUCUUCAAGGUUGCUAACAAACAGAGAAGCCUGAGCGGCUGUACUGCGAAGAGUGUGAACACUUGCAUAAAGGUCUCAAAACAUAUUGCAAUGGGAGCUACAAUAUUGGUUAGUGAAAUCGAAAAUAUAUUGUUUACUUACAAGCUGCAGACAGCUAUUCGUAUUCUACUUAAGAACUUGUCAAAUACACUAUGGUGGAGACAAUAA